CUGUUUCAAGGUCURUGAAGGCAGUUCUUCUUGUGAAACCCAACCCUACUGCACUUGAAAAGAACAGCAAGCACAGAAGGAUAACAACUCACCCGUAGUCUUAAUUGAUCUGGUAUUUCUACAAGGUGCCACCCUUUUCCACACCUCCUACCUCCUCCUUAAGUGACUCAAUCUCUGAAGGAGUCUCUUGACUUUUCAGACAACUGGAUGGGGAAGAACAAUUCAGUUCUCUGUCUGCUUUGACUGUGCCUCUCUUCCAGGCUGAGUAACCACACUGAGCCACGCUAGGACACUGACUUCUGCCAUACCUAGGUUCCCACAGAAGGACAACCUCCCACGGAGCAGAUGUCAGCUUUCAGYUUACGGAAGCAGUCUCCCAAUCCAAGCGAUAAGAAGAGCCCCUCUGUUGCAAUUAAAAGCAGACAACAGGCUACUCAUGAUAUUAAUAAACGACGCACCCUUUUGCAAGAUAACAGUUGGAUAAAGAAGAGACCUGAGGAGGAAAGUGCUGAUGAAAACUAUGGAAGGGCCGUGCUUAACCAAUAUAAAUCCCAAGACAGUCUACAUAGUAACAUAAAUGAAAAGGAGGAUCAGAAACCUGUACUUGGACGAUAUAGAUCUGAUACCACCUUGGACAGAAUUCCAGCUGGAAAUGAUACUGAUAAAAUAAAUAAAUCUCCCACUCUGAACCAUAAGCAAAACAACAGACAAUCUUGGACUCCUAAUGCAGCAUCCACAAACACUGCAGCCACUUCUCCARUCAAGAAAAAAAGGCAAUCUUGGAUGCCUCCCCCAGUUUCRAGUAGCAAGACACCAACAGAAACACUGGAAAGCAAACGAACCACUUCAGCAAAUUCGGAGACUCCAACAACGGCUGCCCUUUCACCAGAGCAGGUGACACCUCAGAAAUCAAAGACUGAUGUGGAGGAUCAAGCUACAAGGCCACAUAAACGGAAUGAAGACCUCGAUAACCUCAGGAAAGUGAAUCCAAGUUCUUUCACAAGUGACAAGGAAGRAAAAGAGCUUCCAGAUUUGACUGAAAAAAAUACUGCUGAUCAAAAAAAUAAGAGAGGUGAGGACCGUGGUGAUCACACUGAAGUAAAGUCUUCUGAUGACCAAAGUAAAMUGCGGAUUAUUGAGAAAGCAUAUGAAAAUUCUGCAAAGGCUCCAAAUAAUCUCCCAGAAAUAAACUACUCUAGUGGCAGUGAAAGAAAGAACAGCAWAUCAUCAUAUGGUGCAUAUGAAGACAAUAUAACUGGAAAUACUAUCAAAACUGUUUAUUCUACUUCUGAUCGGAGUAUAAUUGGAAAAGAUAUAUGUACAUACUGCAGGAAGCCCUUGGGCAUAGAUGCCAAAAUGAUCUUAGAUGCCUUGCAAAUUUACUGUCAUUCGACUUGCUUCAAGUGUGAAGUAUGUAAGAGACCUCUGGAAGACCUAAAAGCAGGAGACAGCAUUUGGAUUUAUAAACAAACUGUGCACUGUGAGCCUUGCUAUUCCAAAGUUAAAGAAAAAUGGAUCUACUAAUUUUGACAUACAGAACACAUGAUGAAGAAGUUCCACUGUUGUUUAGUUGAGUGUAUUGGCCUGUUAACUCAAAAUACUGUGGGGAAUUAUUCAUUYUUACUGCUAGGAAUUUUCUAAAUAAAGUCCUACUGCAUGGUUAUCAAAGGAAUUAAUUUAAUGAGAAUUUAGAUGCGCUUUCAUACAUGCAUUGCAGGAAGCAAAGAAAGAUAUUGGUCARUAUAUUUCUCUGUGAAACCACUAAAUUGUAUGUAAAACCAAUGAUAAUUUAUUGAAAUUUUCUGAAUGUCAGGACAUUACUACACUUUGUUUUGAAGGGGCUGUAUUCUCUUUUGUGAAAGCAUAUCUCCUCCAAUAUAAAGAUCUGUUGGCUCAAUAUAGAAUGAAUGGGAUUUAUCUCAUCAAAAUUAGUCAUUUAGAAGUCAGCUAUUUAGUUCAAACUACUGGUUUAAUUCAGAGGGAAGUGGUUUCAUACUGCAMCUUCAUGGAGGGACAUCAACCUCCAGAUGAAGGUUCUUUCCAAGUCACUUAAGUGAUAAGUUUGAGAUGGMACAACUCAUCUUUGGAAAAUGCAACUCUAUGACUGCAGAAGGGUUCUAGACAAAAAUUGCUAGAGGGUUUCAAGUAGAACUAUCCCGCUCCACAUUUGUAAUUCUGGUAAUUAUUUMAUCACAAUUGUUUUAAGAAGUGCACACUUAAUAGUGGCCAUGAAAUAAUGAAAUACAUACUUUGCAUGACAUUAUGUUGUUGUAUUUAUCUUUCCUACUUUAUUAAACUAUCUAAACACUUUGGAUGGCUUCAUCUUGACUAAAUUUAUACAUCUACAGUGUAGACAUCUGUUUCUGAGUUACUUGAUCUAUUUUGUCUUAUAUAGAUAAGCAGACAUUUUUAGAAAGCAGUUGAAUUGAUCAGAUUGCAAACAUCUAUUUACUGUGAUGUUAACCAUGAAUGAAGGUACAUCUUACUUCCAUGAUUUGCAAAGGAACCUGGAAUGAACAGCUCAGAUUUCCAGACAUCUACACUACGUGAGAUACACUCCUUCCUUUGAGACUACAGUGACCGCAUUUCUUUUUCCUUUUGAUAAGUGUAUGUGUAUACAAGUAUAGAAACUGAAAGAAAAAAAUUGUUAUAAUAUAUUGUUAUAUAAUAAUCAAUAGUUCAGUAGCUUACUGGACAGACAAAGGUAUUUGUCUUUGUCAUGAGAUGCUUUAGAUUAUAGUUAUUCAGAACUGAUUCUUCUGCCUUACAUCUCAGUUUAAAAGACUUCCUGGCUAUGACCAUGACAGAGCUAGAGUGUUUGGAGGCUGCUGGACCUAAGCAAGAGCUUAGAAGCAUGCAAAGUAUUAAAGCCACAGAUGAAUAAUAGACUGGUGAGUGGCUGUCCCAGUCAAACUGUCUCUCCCAGACUGCACAUUUCACGGUGSAGGCAGGAGGUAUGGAUGUCCAUGUCAUUUAAACCAUUGGGCCUGAAGCUGAGUAAAAACGUAACCUGUCUUGUCUGGCUUGAAGGAUAUUCAGACUGAUUAUACAAUGGAGACAUGAGACAGUAGACAUUUUGUUUUGUUAUUUUUAUGAAUAUCUUAUGAAUUAAUUUCAGUAGGUUUAAUAAAUCUUUAAUUAUUGGUA